GUGGCCGCGGCCAUGAAGCCGCAGCCGCCGGGCUAGGCCCCGGGCGGCUCUAGCCCAGGGCGGCCCGCGGAGGGCUGGGCCCAGCCUCCGGGCCCGGUUGCCGGGCCGGCGUGCGGCCACUCACCAUGCCCGGCAAGCACCAGCACUUCCAGGAACCCGAGGUCGGCUGCUGCGGGAAAUACUUCCUGUUUGGCUUCAACAUCGUCUUCUGGGUGCUGGGGGCCCUGUUCCUGGCCAUCGGUCUCUGGGCCUGGAGUGAGAAGGGCGUUCUCUCCAACAUCUCGGCACUGACAGAUCUGGGAGGCCUUGACCCCGUGUGGCUGUUUGUGGUGGUUGGAGGCAUCAUGUCCGUGCUGGGCUUUGCCGGCUGCAUUGGGGCCCUCCGGGAGAACACCUUCCUGCUCAAGUUUUUCUCCGUGUUCCUUGGCCUCAUCUUCUUCCUGGAGCUGGCAACAGGGAUCCUGGCCUUCGUCUUCAAGGACUGGAUUCGAGACCAGCUCAACCUCUUCAUCAACAACAAUGUCAAGGCCUAUCGGGACGACAUUGACCUCCAGAACCUCAUUGACUUUGCUCAGGAAUAUUGGUCUUGCUGCGGAGCCCGAGGGCCCAACGACUGGAACCUCAAUAUCUACUUCAACUGCACUGACUUGAACCCCAGCCGGGAGCGCUGCGGAGUGCCCUUCUCCUGCUGCGUCCGGGACCCAGCGGUGAGCAGGGCCCCUGGUGGCUGUGGGUGGGCCGAGCCGAGCCUGGUGCCCGUUUGUCCCCAGGAGCUGGAGCAGCAGGGCUUCAUUCACACCAAAGGCUGCGUGGGCCAGUUUGAAAAGUGGCUACAGGACAACCUGAUUGUUGUGGCAGGGGUCUUCGUGGGCAUCGCCCUUCUCCAGAUCUUUGGCAUCUGCCUGGCCCAGAACCUCGUCAGCGACAUCAAAGCAGUGAAGGCCAACUGGUGAGGCUGCCACGCUGGCCAUGGCCACUCGCCUGGCCGACCCAGGGACCCUCCACUCUGCCCAUAAUGGGCAAGGCUGCAGGAGGUGUUUCUGCUUGAAGCUGAACCCCACAUGGGGCUCGCGGGCCACUGCACUGUGCACGCAUGGAGAGCCGCACGGCUCUGCCCGGCUGCCUGUCCUGGAGCUGUGUAUACGGAGGGUGGGUGCACAAGGAGCCACCGUCUGGGCUGCUGUUGGGUGGUUGGCUCUCCAGGGGACUAGGAAGGGCUCAGCUAGGAGGGGGCAGGCCAGGUGGGGUGGGCUUGGGGACUGCUGUUGCCUGUGACUCAGCCUCACAUAUCUCAGAGUUCUCUUCACUAGUGACCCUUCCAGGAGCCCACUUCAGCCUCAAUGUCUCAGACUCUGAAAUGGGUCCAAGAAUCUUCUCUCCCUUGCUUGCCUCUCAGGAUCAAAUAUGAUGACGGCUACAAACUACUCAAAUAAACAAAUCCUUGAAAACCAGUGGCUUCCGCCCAGCGUCCUGAAGGUUCUGUCAGCUGCAGGGCCUCGGCAGAGCUCUCCACUUUGGGUCCUGGCCCAGACCCACUCCGCCAGUGCAUUUUCUUGGUCUGGAUAGUAUAUACAUUUGAGCCAACCUUUAAAAUGUGGUAUACUUCAUGUAAAAGUCCAGAUCCCAAGCUUCUCGUGAAGAUUGGCCAUCCGGCCCCCGCGGCUCUUGGGACAUCAUCAUCCCACGCGUGCUUCCUGUUCUCUGAGAGACCCACCUGGCCGGUGCUGCUCACCCUGUAGGCUGGGGUUGACCUCCCCUCUGCUGUAGGGUUUUCCCCUGAAAACACCUCGAGGCUGCCAUGGGCCAAGCCUGGAGCCAGGCACAGGGAUGUGAAAAAUGGAGGCCACAGAACUUGGGUGGGGUCCAACCCCCCUGGAGACUGAGAUGGGUGCCAAGGAGAAUGGCUGAGGUGUGGAAUGGAGAUCAGGAAGGUUUGGGGAAGGAAAUAAUUGCAAAGCAAAAACUUGGCACCCAUAGGGUUGCUGGGGAGCCUGCUUUGGGGCCCAUGGUGGUUGAUGCUGGGUCUCACUUGGAAUCCAGUGGUGGCCUGCAGAGCUGCCUCAUGACCACCAGAGGGCGCUCCAGCACAGCUUUGCUUGGGUCUGGCGACUUCUACUGCAACCUCUGGUACAGCCAAGUGGCUGGUGUGUCCACCCUGCUUACCAGUGCUUCCGAUUCAGGGAACUUGAGGUCUUUGAGAAGAGUUCAGACUUGGGAAGUCUGACUGUUGCUCUCAGCUCUGCCUCUUAGCUGCAUGAAGGGGUGUGUGAAGAGUAAGUGCUGCACCCAUCCAUCCAGGGGGUGCUUUGUGGAUCAAAGGGAUUUGGGGUAGUUCAUAGAUCUCCGGCUCAGAUGCUCUUAAGGUCACAUAGGUCAUAUAAAUGAAUGAAGUAGGCCUUUGACUUGUGAGGCCUUUGUAGUGCAACUGACUUUCCUGCUGUCCCUGAAGACCACACCGAGAGACAUUGCUUUGUGACCAGAGAAAUAUUUGGGCCAUUGAGUUGAUGAUGUACCUUGAGAUACAACAGAGUAUGGUGGGGACUGACAGCAUAGAUCCCCACCUGAACUUGGUGACUGUCAUUUAGUUGUGGCUAAUUGCUGUAAAGUGGGAAUGCAGCUCUAAUGUCAGAAAUCCAGAGAAGCCAGGAAUCAGGAUUUUAUGUGAAAUAGACCUAUUUUUAAGUUGUUAGCUAAUGAAGAAAAUUUAAAUGCUGCAAGCCCAAUGAAAGGUGUACAGCUUUGGCCCCUGUGACACUGCAGAUCCCUCUGGGACAGUCAUCCGCUGGAGUCCUGGCUGCUCUGCCAUCCAGGGAUGCUGAGAGCUGCUGCUGGGAGGGCAGGGUGUCAGGUAUGCACCCAGCAUCAUAGCUCCCAGAUGCCAGCUAGACAGUGUCCAGGGUCCCUGACAGGUGCCAGUGUACCACAAUAAAUGCAACUCACAGUA